AUGCAUCAAACGGCGCUGAUUUUCCUGAUCGCACCAUUAUUUCUCGCGGUUGCCGGGAUACCGCGCGGCGCUCCGCCAGAUUUCGUGGCCCAACUCAACAAUUCGGCAGCUCGGGCCGCUUAUAAGAAAAUCGUCAGUGAGAAGACGAUCACAGUCGCUGAAAUCGAUGAGCAACUGGACGUUUGGGCCAGAAAGUUUGGAGUUGAGGUGAGAAAAGACUCAGAAAAUGAGCAAAAAUAUUUUUCUUAACAUGCUUCAGUUGUAUUGGGAAUAUUGAUAAUGUGAUGAUUUUAUGAGCUUCCAGGAAUCCGAAAAAACGCAUUUUUGAAAAUCUUACAUUGGUUUUAUAUUUAAAAAAUCUUUUUGAAUGAUUUAGAAACUUUUCCAAAACCCCAGAAAAUUUUUAAGACAACUAGACUCUUUCAAGAAUAAAAAAAAGGAUUUCAACAUUCGCAAUUUUUGAAAAAAAAGUCUGGUCAAAUUGAUUUUCUAUUAAAUUUUUCUAGCUGAUUCAAUUUUCAAAAUAUUUUUCCAAACCCCUUUAGGAAAUCCUUUUCGAUUGCCGUUUGAAACAAAAAAUAGAAGAUCUAAAAAUGGACUAACUAACACCUUUCCAGGAUCAAUACAAAAAGUACAAGGCUGGAGUUGAACUUUCUCACAGCCAAAUGAGCGCCAACGUGACGUCGGUGUUGGAAAUGGUGCCGAAAGUGAACGAAAUGCUCAACGCCGUCUUUCUGGACAAGUCCAAGACUCCCGCGGAACGUCGGGCGGCCGUUCGGACCAUCAAGAAGCAGUAUCCCUUGGCGAGUCUUCGAAAAUUGGAUUUCAUGCAGAAAAAGCUCGCCAGAAUCAUAUAG